AUGCCAGGCUGGUUUGUCACGGGGAAAACAACAGAAAAGGUCUUCUUGAUACACUUACAGUCGGAGAUCCCUGGCCAGCGGCGCACUAAUUUUGUGAACUACGAGCGUCUCGACAGGUCUCGUGCACACGCUAAUCACUAUACAUUGCCACGCGCUCAUGCAGAAAGCUCUUCAUCUUCUCGCUUGCAUAAUAUGAGUACCUUCUUUGAUGGCAUUCGGCCGUCGUCAGACCAGAAGGGCAAGAACAAGGAGCGUUUACCGAGACGAAAGGAAGCCGUCGAUGUCCCUUUCGGACAAGCCACAUAUGUUUGUUUUCUGCAAUACAUGGGUGACGCUGUUGGUGUGGACGACGGAACACGACCGUAUACACUCUUCUUUUGCCUCAGCUGGUUCCAGAAGAAGAAGAAGAAGCCGGAUGUGCCACUGCCGGUCUAUGACGUCGACCUGAUGAAUGAUGAAUAA